AUGUUAGUGUGUUUGUAUUAUGAUUUCAUAGACGUCGUUCGUACGACAUUGAAAAAUUAUGACAACCAUAGUGCGAGUUUACGCGACUUUUUCAGGUAAACUUUUUGCACGUAUGUAGGAAUAAGAAUCUUCCUUUGAGGACGAGAUUUAAGUAAUUUUGGAAAAAUGCAGAUAACUGUAGUUACAAGAAACGGGAAAAAUUUUAAUCGAGUGCAAGCGAAACUAGAAGGAGUGCGUCAUCACAUAUUUUAGUUAAUACAACGUCAAAGUGGUGAAAGUUACGCGCCUUCAUAAUUUAAUAAUAGUUGCGACGUAGUUUUUCCAUGAAAGGAUUGAGAACUUCCAUUAUACAAGAGAAAAAGAGAACCGAAUUUGUAAUCAUGGAAGAUUACAAGUUUCUUUUUAAAGUUGUGCUUGUCGGUAACGCCGGCGUUGGUAAAACUUGCCUCGUUCGACGAUUUACACAGGGACUUUUUCCACCUGGUCAAGGUGCAACAAUUGGCGUUGAUUUUAUGAUAAAAACGGUAGAAGUUGAAAACGAAAUAGUUAAGUUACAAAUUUGGGAUACUGCAGGUCAAGAAAGAUUUCGUUCCAUUACUCAGAGCUACUAUAGAUCGGCUCAUGCAUUAAUACUUGUUUAUGAUAUUUCGUGUCAACCAACUUUUGACUGCUUACCAGAUUGGCUUCGAGAAAUUGAAGAAUACGCUAGCAAUAAAGUAUUAAGGAUAUUAGUAGGAAAUAAAAUUGAUAGAGAAGACAGAGAAAUUCCAACACACGUAGGAGAAGAUUUUGCACAACGACAUGGAAUGUACUUUUUAGAAACUUCAGCUAAAGAAGCUGAAAAUGUAGAGAGAUUAUUUAUGGAAAUUGCAGCGGAACUCAUGGAGCAAGCACGAUGUAAAGAAUUGCCAAGAUAUGAACAAAACACAACUUCUUUAAAUGGCAAAACAACAUCAAUAGGUGAUGCUGGUAUUUGCGGUUGUAGUAGGUUAUCUUAAAUUAGCAAUUCUUCCAAUUUUUAUCAAAAUUAUAUAAAUAAGAAAAAAUAAUGAAUUAAAGUAUUCGUUAAUCAAAAGCGUCAAUGAGUGUCAUUGGAUAAGGAAAAGAAAAUCCAUGAAUCAUUCAAUUUGUGAUUUUUAAGUGCAUUGCAAUUAUUAUUUGAGUUGCUAUUUGUGUAAAAUAUUUUGCUACUUAAAAUUAUC